AUGUCUUUCUCCAACACGUCGACCGGCGACAAGCCCGCCGACCCCUACAAGGCGGCCAACCUCGACGAGAAGGUGACGCUCGACCAGAAGAUCGAGGACCUCACCGAGUUCAUCUCGUCCUGCAAGUUUGGCAUGAUGACCACGAGAGACUCGAGCAGCGGUCGCCUCGUCUCUCGAUGCAUGGCCCUGGCCGCAAAGGAAUCCGGCGGUAUCGACCUCCUCUUCCACACAAACACAGAGUCCCACAAGACGGACGAGCUCAAGAGCGACCCCCACACCAACAUCUCGUUCCUCAACGUGUCCGGGGAGUGGGCCUCGGUCUCGGGCGAGGCCUCCAUCGUCACGGACCGCGCCCUCGUCAAGAAGCACUACAACCCCUCGCUCAAGGCCUGGCUCGGCGACCUGGGCGACGGCGUCCACGACGGCGGCGAGAACGACCCCCGCAUCGGCGUCAUCCGCGUCAAGGCCAACACGGCCACCUACUCCAUCGUCAGCAAGAACAUCCUCGGCCGCGCCGUCGAGGUCGCCCAGGGCGCCGUCACGGGCAAGCCCGCCUCGGUCAACAAGCUGCGCGAGGUCAGCGAGUCCGAGAUUCAGCAGUGGCGGUCCUCCCACUAG